AUGUGCACUGUCUACACCGAUGUCCUCACCUGCUACAACAACUGCCCCGACUCCAAUGAGAAACCCCCAGUUCAGAACCAGGUCACUCAGUUCUGCCAGGCGGCUGAACCCCUUCUCGCUGCCCAGUCUGCCUCCAUGGCUAGCGCUGCGAGUGUCGCGGCUACCCAAAGCCGUGCUCCUACUCCAGCAAACGCGACACCCACGCCAUCGGGAACCUCUUCAGGCGCUGCUAGUGCAGCUAGCCCGACUGCCAGUACUUUUGCGGAUGCGGCAAAUGCUGUCGGCUUUUCGGCUGCGGCUGCGGCGGCUGCCCUUCUUGGUGUUGCUGGUCUUUUGUAA